AUGAGAGCGAGAUACAAGAUCAGGGUUCCAUCAAUCCCGGAAACUCGCUGGCUCUACAUAUAUGAUACUCUGUUUUUCAUCUUUGAUAAUCUGGAAACAAUUAAUACUGCUUUAAGAAGUGGAGAUCUUCCACUAUCCCUUUCCAGAGCUACACGUGAACAGUUACAAUGGACACGUGAUGGAAUUCCUCCACUCUUUAAAGAUGCUUUAAUGAUAUUCAAGCCAUUAAAGCAACUUCAAUUAUGGCUGGAAUCCAACAAGUCCAUGGGUGCUUAUGCAUUCCUGAUGAUACAACAGUGCCAAGGGAUGUUGGAUGAAAUGGCAGGAAGAUUAACGCCAGAUGGUGAAGAGAUUCUCCGAUCAAUCACUACAAUAUUCAAAAAUGAUAUGAAAGAAUAUGGUAGAAUUGAUUUGCUUCGGUUUGCUUUCGGCUUUACACCGUUAGCAAGGAAGAUCAUCAGAGACAAGAAGGGUUUUGGAGGAAAGACAAGCUAUCCACCUAUAAUGCAGUUGAAAGAUGUGCAAGUCCCAACGAUUCCUUCCCUGAGGAUCAUCAAUCGCGAGAUCACAUUUGAGAAACUCGGCGAAAUCCUUGAAGAAGAACGAACAGAACGUGUUGACGAGGUAGCCGAGCAUGAUGAAGAGAUCCAGCAAGCAGAAGAGGAACAAAUGCUUAACGACGAUCAUGCAGCCGAAACAAAUGCCGAUGGUUCGAGGAAUUCCUUGGUCUGGGAUGUUGUAGAUGAAGAGAUAAAAGAUCUAUACACAUUCAUGAUAACAAUCCUCAGACAAAGAGCAAUUGCCGAAUCAACAGUUGAUCCAACGAUCAAUAAAGACGAUAGAGCCAAGGAAUUGAGUGAUGCUUACGAUUUCUUCAUAGAGCAAGAUGAUUCCCAUCUUAUAAAUGGUCAUCAUCUUGCUCAAAAUGAUGGCAAGUUUUGGUACAUGAAUGGCAUAAAGCAACUAAAAGCAAUAAGACCAAUUGGAAAAAGGAUGAU